CAUGUGACCAAUAGGAAACGUGACAUGUAUCUAACCAGCAAACGGAAUCAACAAGCUUAUUAGAGCGAAAGAAACGCUGUUAUAACCGAGUAUAGCGCUUCAGUUACGUUACUAAACUACAUAGGUUACCCUAAUGCAUUAGAUGUGCAGCAUACAGAUCGCUAUGCUAGGCUAAAAAUGAUUUUCUCAGCGAAAUGGUUUUUGUGCUGGAAUUUCCUGUAGGAUGCGUAGGAGCUCACUGACAGCUGGAAUGUAACGAUAACAGGGGUUCUUAUGAGCUGGCUAACCCAGCUAGCUGCUUAUAGAAAUCUGCCAGUUUGACAAUAAGAUGCAUUUCGUUUCGAGCCAACAGCAGACGCGUGCUUAGGUGUUUAUAGUUAAGUAUGCUAGGAUGUUUAAAAAUGUGUUCGGAUCAGGAUUUCUGGUGAGGACUGCUCAUGUCAUCUUGACAUGGGUGAUAACGUUGAUCCUCUUUCUCCACGACACCGACCUCCGGAAACAGGAGGAGACGGGGGAGCUUGCACUGCCAGUUCUGUUUGUCCUGCUGGUCCUGGUGUCCGUGCUGCUGUAUUUCGCAGUUUCACUCAUGGAUCCUGGUUUUGUCCUUUCUGAUGACUGUGAUUUGCAGUUCACACUUGGCAUCACAGAAGAGAAACAGGACAUGAUUCCUCAGACCAAAUCCUUGCGGCUGCGGCGCUGUGGUCACUGCCUGGUACAGCAACCCAUGAGAUCCAAACACUGCCAGACCUGCCAGCACUGUGUGCGGCGUUAUGAUCAUCACUGCCCCUGGAUAGAGAACUGUGUCGGGGAAAGAAACCAUCGCUGGUUUGUGCUUUAUCUGGCUGUCCAGCUCAUUGUCUUACUGUGGGGAUUGUACAUGGCCUGGUCAGGUUUUAGUCAUGCCCCCACCUGGCAGCUGUGGUUGAGGACCAAUGGUGUUCUGCUGGGAGCGGCAGCGGUGGUGGCAGUGUUAUCCUUAACUGUGCUGCUCCUCCUGGGGUCUCACCUCUACCUGGUAUCUCUAAAUACCACCACGUGGGAGUUCAUGUCUCGUCACAGAAUCUCUUACCUCAAGCAUUGCGGCACAGACGAAAACCCUUUCGACCGUGGAACCCUGCGCAACCUCUGGGGUUUCUUCUGCGCGUGGGAACCUGUGGUGUGGGAGCAUGUCUAUUUCAAGCAAGGCAAUGAUCCAAUUUAAAUCACAGUGCUACCUUGAAUUCGUAUAGCUACAAUUACAGGUAACCAAUAAGAAGUUGAUGUUUCGGUGGAAACUGCAUCCGCAGUACUCUAGCUGUGAGUGAUCCGUGAUUUUAAAGUGCAUGAACUUUGUCGUUGCAAUGAUCAGUUUAAACCACGAUGAGCAUUUUUAUAAUUAUUUAACGGCGAUAGUACUUAGACAAUUUGUCCGUGCUGAUUUUGCACAUUUUAAUAGCAAAAGCCGAAUAAAAAGCACAAAAUCGUGACAGCUUAUCAGUGCUGAAAUGUAUUUUCCCAUGCAAUAGGUUUUGAUGACUUUUCAGCUAUUCGAUUUACUGAAUUUUCUGCACCAACUGGAUAUAUUUCAAAUAUGCUAAUUAUUGACUUAUUGUGGUACAGUUUUGGUAACUGUGGACAAAAUGAAUAUCAUUGUAAAGUUGUCAGCGUAUCUCUUUUCCAAGAUGCCUAACAUGACGUGAACAAAUGAUAUCAUAUUGUUAUUCUACAUCAGCAAUGGUUUUGCAUCGGCAAUUUUGCAAGUAUGGGAUGUUAAUGAACUGGAAAUGCGGGAGGUUGUACAUACAUAUUUUAUACAGAAUUUUGUGUAUGUUUGUGCUAGAUUCCCCAAGUUAAGAUUUGUGUAUUGAUACGUAGUUUUGAAAUGAUUACCUAUAGCACUUUACGCAGUAGUGAGAUAUCAGUAUGCUAGUAAUGUGAUUUUAUACUUAUUUAUCAUGCUUGUACCAAGUACAAAGUAAUCUCAAUUUCUCUCGCUGGACAACAGAGAAGUAAACACAUGAAAUACAAAACAUAGUGCAGUAAUGUUCAAUGUUACAAUUUUUUUAUAAACAGGGUAUUUCUUAUAACACAUUUGAGCAUCUUUAAGAUGCAAGUGCAUGUGAAGUGACAUUCCUAUGACUGUUAGAUUCCAGUUUGUCCUGCAAGUGCAUAAAGAUAUUUUGUUGGUAAAUACAGUACAAUACAGUUAUGUAAUGAUUCCUGUUAUGUCCUUAGCGCAAUAUACAGACAGAAAAAGCAAUAAUUAUUUAUUUUCGCUUUAUACUUGUUUUUAUGUCUUUGAAUCGCUUCCAUAAAUAUUGCACUUGAGUGUUUGUAACUCUUUCCCUGCCAAAAGAUAGUUGCUAGCGCCAGCAUUUUUAUGAUUUUCAUAAGUUUAAUGCCUUCCAGAAAAUGUUCUUCUUUAAAUAUAUAAACAUACAAUAUAUCAAAUGAAACAACAGACCCUCUACUUUAAAAAAAAGUACCCCAUCUUCAUUUGUUCUGCACCUAUAAGAUAUAGGUAAGUAAAAAAAAUACAAAAAGCUGAGAUAAUUGCAUUUUUUGUUAAAGAUCAGGGGCCUCGUUUAUAAAAUGCUGCGUAAAAACCAUCCUACAUUUGAUCUACGAUCAUUUAUCAAAAAUGCAUCAUAAACCAAACAUACGCGCAGAAAACGCACAUACCGCUUUCAAAUCUUUAAAUCGCAAAUGAACUUGGGCGCAGCCGAGCAGUUUCAGAUCUCCGCCUUUAAAGGGGUCAUAGCGUUGAAAUCUGACUUUUUCCAUGUUUUAAGUGCUAUAAUUGGGUCCCCAGUGCUUCUGUCAACCUAGAAAAUGUAAUAAAGAUCAACCCAGUAACUUUGUUUGGGUAAGCCAUUUUCUGCAAGCGUGUGAAAAAUUAGGUUGUUAAGAUUUUGCCUGUUUUGUGAGGUAGAUAGCAAGGUGAAUUACAAUAAUACCGGCCCCUUAAUCUGCACUAUCCAACCACAGCACUGCCAUUUAGUACAGAGAGAGAGAGAGAAAGAAAAAAAGUACUUGAAAGCACAAUUGAGUUUUAAUUACAACAAACUACCAUCAUUGUGAUUGGUGUUUGCAUUUCAUCAGCUCAUUUGCAUUUUAAACGACACACCCAAAAACCGGCACAAUUUUGCUCAGACCAACAAAUUAGCAACUUAAACAUGUUAUAAAAAAUUUGCUGUGGAGUAUUUUGAGCUGAAACUUCACAUACGCACUCUGGGGACACCAAAGAUUUCUUUUACAUCUUAAAAAAAUCUCAUAAUAUGACCCCUUUAAACAAUGCCCAAGUAAUGUCAUAGACAUAUAAAAGAGCGCUUGUCAAUGUUUAAAUCUUUUACCAGCCACAAGAAUGGCUUUUAUUUCCAAAAACCUGCAGCAAUUGGAUAAGCAAAAGUGCGUAUGUCUGCUCAGACCCUGACGUGGCGCUAACUUUUCCACGUCAAAAACAGUUUUUAUAAAUAUGGACUUUUCCGUGGAUUUUUGUGUACUUUACGAUCAAAUCUGUGCGUACGCACCAUAGACUGUAAAAAAAGAUGGACGACGCAACGUCGCCUCCCACCAUUGUAAUGAAUUGAAGCAAAAAAGGUCCGACCACGGUCGGCACCAUGUUACGUAAAAACGUCAGUUUGGAGCCAAGGCAUGCGCAGAAGGAAUCGUCCGUGGAGCCAGAGGCGGAGCUGCGGUAUCAAACUUCCGCCCAAACGCUGGGGCGACCAAUUCAACCACGCCAAUCAUAACGACACGCCCCGUUUCUAUAGCAUUAAAUUACUAGCUAAAAUGAAACU